GUAAGCGUGACAGUUGCUUGUCAAUAUAAUGUACACAGUAGCAAGUAUUAAAUCUAGAAGCAACUGAGUUAGAGUUUUCUUUAAAAGCUCUGUGUGUUUGAUAAAAGAAAAUAGAAUGACAGAGCCUACAGUGCGCAUGCUGCUAAAGGGGCAGAACAAGGAGCGACAUGCAACAGAGGCUGAGCAGCCACCAGAAAAAACACCGCAUCAAGGCAGCAACACUGAAACCUUUUUGAAAGAACAGCAAAUAAUAGAAUUGGUGCGCCUGGAGCCAGCGCUCUACGAUAGAAAACACAGUCACUUUCUAGAUGCAAACUACAAUAAGCAAGUGUGGCAAACUAUUGCCAAUCAAGUGUCCAUGAAGCGCUCGCAAUGCCAAAGCAUCUGGCUUCAGUUGCUCUUCAAGUUCAAGCGUCAUGCGAACCGCUUGCGCAUUUAUAGUCGCCUGGACAGAAAGCAUGAGCAAAGCCGCCCCUGCAUGCCACACGAGGAGGAGUUGUUGUUUCUCUAUACGCAUUUGCCACCCUAUGCGCUACCUGAAAAAGAAAAAUCCAAGCGAGAACCAGAAGUAGUUGUUGUGGAUGAGGUAGCUGUGCCAGAGAUAGCUAUGCCGGCAACGGCAACAACUGCAGCGCAGGCUACUGCUGUACCCGCCGCAGCUGCAGACGAGAUCAUUGAUCUGGAAUCGGAAAUGUUUGAGCACUAUAGCACCAAUAACUAUCAUCAGCGUUUGAUUGAGGCAGUGCGGGCCUAUCCACAGCUCUAUGACACACGCCAUCCCGAUUAUGAAGAUUAUCGCAUUCGCGGCAUUAGCUGGUGCGACAUUGCCAAUGAGUUAAGCGACAAGGCCACCAAGCUGAUGAAAACCUGGAUGCAGCUGCUCACACGCUACGAAUGGGAGUUGAACCACUGUCAAGCUGUCAAUCGUACGCAAGUCUACACACAGCUUGCCUUUAUGGAAUCCCAUAUACGCCAACGCACCCAUACAGUGUGCAAGACAUCGCAUUAUUUAAAAGGCAACUGGCUUGAGCCCGUUGAGAGCUUUCGCGGUGUGAUGACGCUAAUAAAGGCACUGAAGGCUUUGCCCGAUCUUGUCGCGCAGGUGGAGAACGGCUGGUGGACGAAACCAAGAACAACGGUAGAAUAUCAUAAUCUCUGGGUGUCGGUGUCCUACAAAGUGAAGGUGAGCCAUCAGCGCUGUGAGGUAACCUGGCUGGGCUUGCGGUCAUUCUAUCAGGAGCUGGCCAAUAUGCGCAAGGCGGGCUAUCGGCUGCAGGACAAAUGGUUCUUUGAGAAUCUAAUGGCCGAAAUAGUCGAUCCGCCAACAGGCAUAUACAAGGUGCUGUCGGGCGGGCUGCUGACUGGAGGCAAGGUAAUACCACUGAAUGAGCCGCUAAGCAAAGCAAUUCCGGCAAAGAGACCAAAGCUAAAAGUAGUAGCAACUACAGCAACAGCAACGACAGGAACGUCAACAAUAACAACAGCAACAACAACAACAGCGCUUCAGAUAAUUAAAGUGCCGGCAACAACAAUGCUCAAGGCAGUAACCAUAACACCAGCAUCAGCAGCAUCACUAAAAGCAGCAAACUCGUCAGCAACAAUACUAAAGCUAGCUACAGCGACGACACCAGCAGCAGCAGCUAAGCCUGGAGUGCUAAAGCUGACAUCAGUAAGUCCAGCAGCAGCAACAACAAUACCCAUUCUAUCAGCAACAACUAUUGGCGCCAGAGCAACAAUAAUACCAACAACAGUAGCCGCACAGCCCACUGUGCUGACCAUGCCAAGACCUAUAACGAUUACACCACGCAUGCCGCUCAAGCUGCCCGCAGGCUUGAAGCUAACACCGGUGCCUGCGUCUGUGGCUACGCAGAUGAUUACCCCACCUGGACUGCAGGUAACACUGCGUCCAAAGAUAAGUACACUAGUGCGUUCAACAGCGACGCCACCACCGCCGCCACAUAAUCUGAUCUCAGCGCCAGCCUCCACGCUCAAAGUCACCAGCGUGAAGUCGCUAGCGCCUGCAACGGCAACCAUAACAGCAAUCAAAACGACCAAGGAGCUACCUUGGAUACAGGCCAGGCCACUGCAUGCGCUGCUAUCGCAGCCACUUAUUGUUGCAAAACCCAAAGCAGCAAUAAUUACAUCACCGCCACCGCUGGUGGCCAUAACCAAAGCAACAUUACCAGUUAAAUGCGCCAAGAGAAUAGAUUUGGACAGCCUGACAGCAGCCACAAGCACCAGCACCAGCACCAGUACCAGCAACAGCACCAGCAGCAGCAGCCAGAGUGACAACAACAAAAACGGCAAAAAGCAACAACCAUCUGGCGGCGUCAUGAAAACUCUCAGCAGUAGCAAACACGAUAGCCCCACCGGUGAAAGUAAGACCACACUCACCGGUCAGAUCAAUAAUCAUAUCAUUACAGUGACCUAUGUUUCUAAACUUAAUUUAAAGAAACUGAGCGUCACUGGUAGCUUUCAAGCCGAGAUGAAUAACGUGCGCCUGUCUCAGUUUAUACGCAUGGUGUUGUCUAUACCGCAGCUACAUAAUACCGAACCCGAUCUCGAGACACAGCGCAACGAUUUUUGGCUGCUGAUUUCUAAAAAGUUUUCUAUUCAUGAGUGUUCCUGCAUUGCCAUUUGGCACUUUCUUCUCAACAACAUGCAGCUGCUGCCUAAGAUUGGGCCACUGAAGGAGCUCACUAAUCCAUUGAAGGGUCUAACCAAAGUCUGGAAGAUAUCACAUCGUUUAUUUGGCAAAUUUGAUGAAAUCGCUUGUAAAUAUAAAUGGGCUAAACAUAAGAGCGUGCUGCCUGACUUUAUCAAACUGAUGGCCAAGUCGGAGCAGCUGUAUGCGGAUAUGCGCAGGUCGCAACCAGCUGCAGAGCCCAAUGCUGCGGACUUGGACGUUUGGCGCACAGCAGCUGAACAAUUUCCAGGCAUGAAUCAUCUUGAUGUUUGGCAAAUGUUCAAAUUUGCAUUCAAAACCUAUAUGGAGGAUCUGGAGCGUGGCAUUGAGAAUCCCUGGCCGCAGAACUGGUGGCAAGCACUCGAGCAGCUUAGAUUCCUUGUCAAUGUGCGCUAUGUGCCAUUCGAGCCGUACUAUUAUAUAGUGCAUCGCAAAGUUACCGAUGAGAUUAGGCGCUGCAGCAUGUAUGAGGCGCUAAUGCGACCCACAGAUAAAGCAGCUACCGCAAAGGCACAAGAAUGCUCCACAGAAUCGCUCCUAGCACGGGAAAUAGAAGAAGCAAAGCGUUUGUUUGACGUGGAAGCAAAAGAGCAACGCAUGCGUCGCCAGCAUAAACUAGAUUCGACUGAUGCUGCUGAGCAAGUGGCGGCUGCUUCAACUUCAACAUCUGCUCCGCCAUCUCCAGCUACAAAAAAAAAUGCGAACCCAACUUCAAUGACUGCUGCGCUUCCAUCUCCGCCUGCUCGUGUAACUUCUGCUCCACCUCCACCUGCUACAACAGUUAGUCCUGCUCCCGCUGCAAAAUGUAAUGCUGCUUCAACUUCUGCUCCUUCUACUACAAAUAUUGGCUAUACUGAGCAAGAUCUCAAACCUAAUAAGGAUUUAUUAGAUGCUCUUGCUAGAAAAUGCGGCGGUGCAGCCAAAAUAGAUAUCUAUGAGCUAACGCGCUUGAUGCGCUGCUUUCCCAACUGCUAUAUCAAGUCCGCUAAUAUAAAACAGCGCCGUCAUGCCUGGCAGCAAGUGGCAAAGGAGCUAAACAUGCGUUUAAGUAAUUGCUUGACGGGCCUGCAGCAGGCGAUUCGUGGCAUGUACAACAUGCGCCUGCUGGAUCCAGAGAAGCGCUGCGGCAUGGCGCAACGCUAUUAUCAGCACAUACAGGAGAUUUGUACGGAGGUCAACGAUCAGCAUUAUGUGGCACAGCGUCUCUCCAAACAGCAACUAAUCGAACCCAAGGGCACACUCGCACAGGAGCGCUAUAUGCCCGAAAUUAAUUUGACUAAUUGCAAACCAGGCAUCGUAUUAAAGAACUGGUCAAAUGCUAUUGGUAAUUUGGAUAGCAAGGACCCUAGUCGCUUGCAAAAAAAACUGGAGAUUAUUUUUGCCCAACAUGCCGCUUCGGCGAAUAUAACUUGGGCAAAUGUGCUGAAGGAGGAACCUGAGGAUGAAAGUGAUGAGCACAAGGAUGGUGGUACUCCGGAUUAAUAUAUAUUUGCUGAUGAUGGCUUCUUGUAAAGUAUUAAUAUAUUCAUUAGUGUUGAUAACUAUGAUUACUAUUUAUUUACAUACAUAUAUGAAAAUCUCACUUCUCUUGCUGUUUGUAGAAGCAUACACAUACACAUUCACACAACACACAUAAUUUACUAUAAGAUAAUCUAUUAUAUGUGUA